CAAAAUCAUGAUGAAAUAGGCUAUUUUUCCUAACAAAUGAAGUCCAAAAUGAGACACUCUAAUUUAAUAAAUUAGACAAGUCAGAAAAGUGUGUUGGGCUUUGAAUAGAACAACUUCCGAAUAUGUUUUGAGUCUUUUGACAUGUUAUCACAUGUUUUUAUAUUUUUGGUUGUAUGUUAUGGUCCAUUUCUUGAACUUCUUAUCGGAUGUUGUAUUCCAAAUCUGAAACACUUCUUGACUAUUAAAAUAGUUUUGAUAGUGUUAUACAAAAUAUUUUCAAUCGUUCAUAGAUAUUGUCGUUUGAUUCAUAUAGUUCAUGUGACUUUUAAUUAGUACAUUAUUUUUGUGAGAGAUAAUGAUUAUAUAGUGGAUAUUUGUUUGUAUACCUCACAGUUAUUUUUUCAAUUUAAAAUAUAAAUAUGAGAAUGGUAGUAUAUUUAUUACCAAACAAAUAAAACAACAAAGAAAUGCAAAUAUUUAAUGUUUUCAAUAAGCAAAAAAAGAAAUCAUCAUUUAAAAAAAAGUAUAACACAUUACAAAUCAAAAAAUUGUAGAGUUUAUAUAUCCUCUUAUUUAAUAUCCAAUUGAUAUAAUAUAUGUAUUUUGAGAAAAUAAUAAAUAAAUGUAAUAUUCUUUUGAACAUAAUAAAUAUAAUAUUAUUUUCUGGGUGUAAAAUAAAUAAGUAUAAUACUAUCCAAUCGUAAUACGGAAGAAACUGAAUAGCCUUUUAAACCCUGAGAUACACAAAUUCUAAACAGUCUCUAUCUCCCUCUCUUUCUCUCUCGCUACUGGAUCUUUCAUUCAAGCGGCUAACUGAGUCAAUAAUGAGUGAACUCGGUCUUGGAACCCAUCAUGCCACGCCUGCAUCACCAGAGACGACGACAUUUCUCGAUUUGCUCCGACAGAUAGACGGCCACGAUCACACCAGGAGAAAGAAACGGACUCUUAAGGAACGGCUAGGAUUUAAAAGAAUUGGCUGCUGUGGGCCCGCUUGGGGACUCCGGUUAACUAAUAACAGUCGCGCUAGAGAAAGAGACGAACCAUUCGAAACCGGACUCGUUUCCGAGUUGGAUCAUGUAACGGGUCGAAUGAAUCUUGCAACGGCGUUAGCGGCGGAAAGGCAUUACCAAAGAGAACCAACGGCAGCAUCAUCUGGGAGUUCGACGCCGUUACCAGUGUCGUUAAUGAGAUUGCUCGAGGAAACGGCGGAGAGAGUUGUCGUCGAAGGGACGGAAACGGAGAGAGUAACGGCGUCGUCGACGGUUAAAGGUAGUGAUUCAGUGUGUUGCGUGUGCAUGGGAAGGAAGAAAGGCGCGGCGUUUAUUCCAUGUGGACACACUUUUUGCAGAGUCUGCUCUCGAGAGGUGUGGCUGAAUCGAGGAUCGUGUCCCCUCUGUAACCGUCCGAUCAUCGAGAUCCUCGACAUUUAUUGAAAAAAUUUAAUCGUGCACGUGACUUCAGUGAUUGUGGUGCGUCUAGAGAUUCACGAGGGUGUUAAUUGCGUUUUCUAUGUUUCCGUUAUUGGAAAUUGGAAUAAAUAUUAUUGAAGUUCAAAAGUAAAACAUAAGUUGCAGCCA